AUGCCUGAAAUCUUAAGGAGCACAUACACACUUUUAGGUAAGGAUCGUACAGGAGAGGGGUAUAAAAGCAAAGAAAAAGCAGGAAACAAAGAUAGGAAAAGCAAUGCAGCAUUUACCCCUAGAAGAGACAGGCAAAAACAAGAUAGGAGAAGUUCUACAUUCAUAAAAAGGGAAUCUAGACCAUCUACAUCUAUAGAUGGAACUAACAGGGAUUAUUCUCGUCCCUCAUAUAGGACAUAUCAAAGGGAAAAAGAACAGACUACAGAGAUAGAUCGUACUGAACGAUAUCAGUCAACUUCCAAAGGAGAAGCCCUAAGAUAUUCAGAAUUUCCUGGAUAUAGCGGAGGAUAUAGAUUGAGACCAAGGGUUAAAGGCCCAGACAAAUACGGAGGAUCCCCAGGACAAGUCAGGGAUAGAGACAGAACAGGACCAGAUAAAAGUUCUACUACCCCAUCAACAUCCUCACAUCCUCCAACACAUCCUCCAGCAACAACCAGAAAUAUACAAAAAAUAAAGAAAACCGAGAAUCAAAACCCAGAAGAAGAAGAAAAUCAGGAUGAAUAA